GUAUUGCGUGAUAACAUCCAAGGCAUCACCAAGCCCGCCAUCCGUCGUCUCGCCCGCAGAGGUGGUGUGAAACGUAUCUCUGGUUUGAUCUAUGAGGAGACCAGGGGUUUUCCUUAUUUAUGUCUUUCCUUUUAA